UAAAGUUGGGUGAAACAAAGAUGGCGGAUGCGAGAGAAUUACAAGCGAAUCUUACCGAAUAUCGUGCUCAGUUCAGACAGGUCGAAGCCGCGCUGACGACGGAUCCAGAUAAUGACGAACUCAUCAAGUUAAAACAAGAUUUACAGGAGGUGAUAAAUCUUACAUUAGAUCUUCUGAAGGUGAACGAGAAAACUGUCAUUCCCUCGGCUGCCUUCAAAUGGAAAGUUGGACAAAAAUGUCAAGCUGUGUGGAGUCAGGAUGGAAGUUACUAUGAUGCAACUAUUGAUAGUAUAUCAGAAGACUUCACAACAUGCACAGUUUCAUUUGAAAAAUAUGGAAAUACAGAAAUUGUAAAGGUUUCAUCACUAAGAGAAAAAGAACAAGCUGAUUCCUCCGCACCCAAAAGGGUGGCUGAAACUAGCAUCAUGGCUGCACCAAGCACUUCAAAGAAAUCUAGGGCCAAUGAGGAUGCUCUUCGUGAACAGAAAAAGAAGAAAAUGAUGAAAAAGAAACAAAGAGCCAAGGAAAUUGAAGAACAAAGGGAAAAAGACAAACAGAACUGGUUGGAUUUCUUCCAUAAUUCAAAAGGAGGUGGAUCCAGCAAAUCUGGAAAGAGUCUAAAGGGUGUGUCAAAAAAGAGCAUUUUUGCCUCCCCAGAAUCAAUACAGGGAAAGGUUGGUGUUGGAACAUGUGGAAUCGGGGGACAACCCAUGACGCAGUUCACACAGCCAGACAAACUUGUUUACAAGAGAUGAUAAUUCCGUUAGUGUCACGCUGUCACGAAACCAAGAAGAGUGACAGUGUAUACGACUUUAAAAACUCUAUUAAAACUGUACAGACACAUUUUGAGUUUACACUCCAUAUAGAUGCACAAUCAACCUUGCAGUUUUGUGGGUCUUAGUGAUCUACAAAAGUUUUUAAAGAUGAAACUGAGAUCAGCAAAGAUUAUCUCUCCCAGCUCGCACAGCUGCUGAGAGAAAUAUGAAUCGUCGGAUUAGGAACGUCAGAGUGCAGUCUCAACUGACAUUUUCAGGGUUAAAUAGCGAUUAGGAGGAUAGCUUUCGCUCUUCAUCUCGUGUUACCUCUCUAUAACCUAAACCAAUUUUGCCUUUAACUUGUUUGUUUUAUUUUGUUUUUACCAUAAAUCGUGUUUAAUUAGACUAGUUUCACUUGUAAGCUUAAUGAAUUAAGGUUUUGAAUGGUGAAUCCUCCACUCAAAUAUAUUAACUCCUAAGAGGCGUUUUAUAAACAAUUUUGGUUAGUUGAAUUAAAAGAACAAGUUAAAUGCG